AUGAAUUCGUCCGCUGUCCUGGUAUCCCUAUGCGUUAUUCGCAUCGAGAUUUGUGAUCCAGAAUUAGAAGAAACUACUAGUGAACGUACCAUGGCUGCAAGGAAAAUGAGAGGUUGCAGAGAAUCGAGGGAUAUCAGUGUGGAAACUUACACAAAUGUAACAGAAAACACAUCUCCGUUGUUGUCAAAUCAAAGCACAAGCAAAUCGCAUUCAUCCUCAAGGUCUAAUUCUGAGGAGACAUCAUUUGCAAAUUCUAAUCAUGCUACUGGUCCAGGUGACAUUAACUGUGCUGCUUCCAGCACUUCACCAGAUCAAAUAAGUUUUAUCUCUGGAAAUCCCUUUGUCGAAAUUACAAAAGGCAUUCUCCAUCUUUUUAAGGAAGAUGAGCUGACUGAGAUGCGCUGCGCUGCUGAUCGCAGUCACACCAUCUGUAUCCUGUCAGUACCAGCAACAAUGACUUGCCAUGACCUCCUAACUUUUACAGCAGCUUGUCAUCAGAACAUACAACAUUUUAGAAUUCUUAGAGACGGCAGUCCUAAUCAAUACAUGGCUCUGAUUACCUUCAGAUCAUCAAGCGCAGCGAGCGAGUUCUAUGAAACCUUCAAUGGCGCACCAUACAAUUCUCUGGAACCAGAGGUAGUUUGUCACAUGGUAUUUGUAUCCAGAGUCGAAGUAGGAGAUGAUGGAAUGCCCCUAAGUGGACACACAGAAUUACCAUCAUGUCCCGUUUGUUUGGAAAGAAUGGACGAGAGCGUGGACGGAAUUCUAACAAUAUUGUGCAAUCAUACCUUCCACUCCAGCUGUCUUGUAAAGUGGGGCGAUACGUCCUGUCCGAUUUGUCGAUACGCACAAACACCUGAGCCAUUGGCCGAUAGCCAUUGCAUGGAAUGUGUUGGAGAUGCCAGCAAUGACGCAUUGUGGAUUUGUUUGAUUUGCGGCCAUGUGGGUUGCUCGCGUUAUCAUCAAGGUCAUGCGUUCGAACAUUACCGCGACACACACCAUUGCUACGCGAUGCAACUGGGCAACAAUCGUGUCUGGGAUUACGUAGGUGACAAUUUUGUGCAUCGACUACUGCAGGACAAAGAUGGUAAAAUGGUGGAAGGUGGUCACUCCGCAGCCAAAAGCGAGGGUGCUGCCGUGGAGGAGAAGGUUGAUUCUGUGCAGCUGGAGUUUACAUAUUUAUUAACGUCGCAGUUGGAAACACAACGGCAGUAUUUUGAAGAGAGACUAAGUCGUUCGGAACAACGUUCCAUGGCGGAUAUUAACGAGCUGAGGGAUAAGUUGGGGGAAGUGCUCGAGGAAAACUCGCAGUUCAAGAAGCAAUUUGCGACGCUCAAUCGCGACAAACAGACAUUGGAAAAGCGCUUGCAGCAUUCCACUAACAAAUUAGCACAAGUGCAAGCGGAAUUAACUGAAGAGAAAGACUUGAGAAAAGCCCUGCAACUGAAUCAGACUUUGUGGCAAACAAAAUACAAGAAAUUGCAGGAUGAACUAUCCGAAUUAAAAGCAACUAAAGAAAUCGAGAUCACUGAUUUGAAGGAACAAAUCCGAGAUCUCAUGUUUUUCCUUGAUGCUCAAAAACAGAUCGAGGAGUCUGCCGAUCGAGACGAAAUUGCCGCUGGUCGUAUUGUCAUUCCUCCGAGUUCUAAGAAUGGGAAAUCGUCAGGAUCUCGAGGGCACAAAAGUCACAAGAAGCAUUAACAUCGUUGAGGAGCAGUCAUGGUACUUCGCCUGAAUUCAGAAAUCAAAUCGUCCUCUGCCAUGCGUUGAAGUUCUUGUGCUAUUUUAUCAGCAUCUUUCUCAAAGAUGCUAUCUUCUGAAGAAGACUUCUAAGAAGAUGAAGCAAAGAGAAAUUAUAUAAUAGAGAGAGAAAAAAAGAAAUAUAUUUUUGUAGAAAGAAAUUUUCCAUUUAAAUUAAAUUCUGUGAUAAAAAUUCCGUAUCCUUUAUCUCUCUCUUAAAACAAAUCUAUUUUAUAUUUCUAAAACUUUUUUUAAUAGAUAUUUAAAAAAACGUCACAAAAAUUCUCUUCAAUUUUUUUCGAAAUAUUUGAAAAGAAAAUAACAGUAUUUUACAAAUAAGCUAUUCUUAAAAAUUAUAUUACCUUAGUGCAGAAAAGAAGCCUCGUAUUAGCAAGCACAUGGGAAAAUGUGCCGAAUCGGUGAAAUAGCAUUGCAAAAAACUGAAUGCUCAAUAUGCUGAUGAAUGCAACAAUAAAUAGACAUCCAAUCGGCUCUAGUUUUAAAUAUUCUUUUGCCAAAUGCACCUGUAAAAGAUUGAAAUACAUGUCAUAAAAUAGAUAGUAAUCAAGAAUUAUUUAAUUUAACUUCUGUAAUUAAAGAGCUCAGGACAAGAAAGAAAAAAGUACAUAAUUCAUAAGUUCCUCUUUAGAGCAGAUCUUACAAAUUAUGUACUUUUAACUAUAUACUUUUGCGCUAAGCUUUACAAUUUUAUGUAUUGUAUAAUAUUCUAUAUAAUAUAUGUUAAAUUAGGAUUUGUGUAAUAUCGUCAGAUAUAAGGAAUAUGUGACAUUAUUGUUAAUGAGAACUGAUAAUAAUAUGUUGUUCAUUAUAAAAA